CAGUCAACGCUCGCUCGCCAUCAGCACACAGAGGAAUUUCAGUGCCUCUGCCAUACUGACUGUCAUGAUGCGUCAACUCAUUGCUGCUUUGAUGAUGGCUGCUCUGACAACAGAAGUCUACACCACCGGCAGCAUGAAAUCCACCUACUACAGUGGAGAUCGGGCAAUACUCAUAGCCCUGAGAGAUUUAAGUCAUGCAUCGAUAGCGCUACCAGCAAAGACCUCUGGGAAUUUACCUGCUGAUAAGAUCCAUUCAGCUGACGGAAAGUUUCCCAGGAUGGGAUGGUGGCUCCUCCCUCAGACUGUCAAGAAACGUCAAGAUGUGUCCUCAUACAACCUCAACUCCUUUGGUCUACGCUACGGAAAAUGACCUGAUGUUAUUCUGUGUUAGAUCUGAUCUUUUCACCAAUUGUUUUUUGAUUAAGUUUAUACAUUCAGAGUGGAGAAAGAUAAUAAUGUAACUGUUAAAGGC